ACCAAAAGAACAAGAAGUAGAAGACGGCUCGUCUGGUUGGUAGAUAUGUCACAGAGCCCAGAGUAAUGCUAACUUGGCCGCAGUAGUUAGUGAGUUGUCCAAAAGUGUCUUGAAGCUUUAAGGGGUGAUUGUAUAUCUUGACACCUCGUCGGGUGACCCGUUAAGAGGGUUGGAAAACCGUCAUGUCUGCGGCCGGAGACUUCGGAAACCCUUUAAGGAAAUUUAAGUUGGUCUUCCUCGGGGAGCAGAGUGUGGGGAAGACUUCGCUGAUCACCAGGUUCAUGUAUGACAGCUUCGACAAUACUUACCAAGCAACAAUAGGAAUAGAUUUCCUGUCGAAAACCAUGUACCUUGAAGACAGAACAAUCCGGUUGCAGUUGUGGGACACGGCAGGACAGGAACGGUUUCGUAGCCUCAUCCCAAGUUACAUCAGGGACUCUGCUGCUGCGGUCGUAGUGUACGACAUUACAAAUGUCAACUCUUUCCAGCAAACCACAAAAUGGAUCGAUGACGUGAGAACGGAAAGAGGAAGUGACGUCAUUAUCAUGUUGGUGGGAAACAAGACAGACCUUGCAGACAAAAGACAGAUAACCACAGAGGAGGGAGAACAGAGAGCGAAAGAGAUGAAUGUUCUGUUUAUUGAAACAAGUGCAAAGACAGGCUACAAUGUCAAACAGCUUUUCCGUCGUGUGGCUGCUGCCCUCCCCGGCAUGGAUACAACACAGGACAGGAGUAGAGAGGACAUGAUUGACAUUAAGCUGGAGAAGCCACCAGAGCAACCUGUCAGUGAAGGAGGCUGUUCCUGCUAAUGUUCCUGCCUCUGUUGCUGCCUGAUCCAUUCAGUUUUUCUGUACAUUUACCCGUCACUACAUCCGCCUCUGGUCCCCUGCCUGAAAAAGAACACUACAUCCGUUGUCCACGCCAUGUUGGAAACCUACUCUCCCAUCGGGAUGCUCUGACAGUCAUGAAUCACUUUGGAUUUAGCACUUGCACUGUAACACAUAUACACUGAAACAGUAUUUACAGCUAGAGCUCUGCCUCCUACAGGGCUCCGUUUGUCUGUCUUUUGAGACAAAGCUAGUGGUACAAGAGUAAUAAGUCACGUUGGGGUAGUUUGACCUUUUGAACCAAACUAAAAGAUGUCUGUCUUCAAGUGAAGGCUUUGAGUUUGAUCAUAAUUCUUUAAAACUUGCUAUAGCUUUAAACUUAACAAGCACAAUGCAGCUGCUUUGUGCGUUUGUCAGCUGUGAACAAAUGUUUUUUCAAUGUUUGAAAUAAUGUACGAAUAAGGUUGCAAAGUUGUGUUGGGAUUAACAACAUUUAGGAGAUCACAUUUCAGACACUGAUGUCGUAAACGUAAGCCAUGAGCUUAUUUUGAAAUAAUUCAGAUGCCUGUACCAGCAGUCACAGUUCUCCCAACAAAUACCAGCAUGAAAUGACAACACACUGAAAACCACACAGGUUUCCAUCACAUCACAAACGCAAACACAACACAUGGCUGCAUCAUCCACAUUACCGUCCUUCCCCUCUUCCUUUACACGCUCCUUUGAGGUGGGUUAUUUUUACCUUGGCUUCCAUUUUCUAUUACUUUUUUAUUUGGAUAGUUUAAUUUUUUCCUAAAUACAGCUUACAAUUAUUUCUUUGAUGAUAGUGUUUGAGGAGGUUUUUUAUUCUUAUUAAACCUACCAUAAACAUUAGAUAUGGAGAUAUAUAUAAAUAUAUAUAUAUAUAUAAUGCCUUUUGGAGUUAAAUAGUAGAGGGCUUCCUGGCUUUGGGUUUACCUAGUUUGGUUAAUGCGUUUUACGAACACUUUUUAUUUUUUUGGCAUUGAUCUUUUGUUAGUGAUUAUUCUACUUGUAUUUAAUCCACAAUGACAUGUAAUAUUUAUUUCCAUUGGAUUCAUGGUUCUUUUUUUUAUGGCUGUUAAUAUCUUCUCUCUUGGUAUGAGUCCUGAAUCGCUAAUGAAAAUAUGCAUCCACCUGGACCACCUUCAACUCAAUCAGUAGGGAGCACCUGCUGCUUCAUCUACCACCUCUAGGUGGCAGCUUGAUCACACUGAUAAUAUUUUGUGCAAUUUUUGUGAGAGGAGCGUCCAACUUGUAUAGCAUAGAAGUCCUUAACGUUUCUGUCUGGAAUGGUUUUAAAUGAAAAAAAAAAAAAUAAACAUACACUUAUCAUG